AUGCAUGUAGAGGCUGAACCAGUGCAAGCAGCCUCAUCUACGUGCCAGCUUGACCUGAAGAGGUAUCCCAGUUCUAGGCAACUGCAGGCCGCCGACCACUGGUUUGCAAACCAUAGCGAUGCCUGGCUGUCGCCCAUCGUAAUUCCAAGCCACCGCCUGGUGUUCUGCCACAUCCCGAAAGCCGGCACAUCUCGCUGGCUGCGGAUCUUGCGAUGGAUGGCCGGAGUCCAGGACUGGGAUUCAAACCCGCACUUCGCCGAUGCCAAUGGCCUCUUGGGCGGCUUGCUGCAGCUGAAGCAUUUGCCGACCUCCGAGGCUCUUCGGAUCAUGCAAGAUCCGGCGUGGACAAAGAUGGCAGUGGUAAGGGAUCCUUUAGACCGUUUGCGAUCUGCUUAUUUGGACAAAAUCCUCAGCGCAAGCGAUCCGCAAAACCAUUGGCUGACUGAGAAUUUGUUUGGACUGCCAUUUGAGAACUUCACAUCUACGAGUUUCUCCAACUUCUUGAGCAGAGUUGAGGUCGGCAUGCGCCACUCCUUAGAUCACGAAGACAGACACUGGCAGCGACAAGCUCGCUUGUGUGACUUAGGGAGGUUCCUGCCAUACUACCAGCACGUAUUCUUCCUUUCCCCGGACAAGGCAAAGCGCGCAGAGCUCUCGGAUUGCUUCCUCAGGGCGCUCGCCAAAAUUUCACCAAACCCCGAAGAGGUGAUGAACUUCAGUUUCGGCGACCACAGCGCCCACGAGCUUGUCACACACCGCACGGAUGCAGACGCUCAUCCUACGUAUGAUGAGCAGCUUUGCCACCGGGCCAGGCGUCUCUACGCGGAGGACUACGAGGUCUUCGGAAUGCCGAGGCCAAGGUGCUUUCCAGGCGCUCCCCACGUGGACUGGCCCGGCGUGUAG